AUGAAUUCAUGGAAUCAUAACAAUUUUAAGAAUAAGUAAUUGAAGGAUAAAAUGACAAAAGAUUAAAUGAUUUAAACAGACCUUAAUUUUUUAAAUACUAAAUAAAAUGAAUAAUUCUUUAAAGUUUAGUACUUUUGGAUAAUUGCCAUCAGAAAGGUUUAGAUACACUAUAACUUAUAAAUCAAAAAGGAAAGCCAUAAUAUUUGGUGUUUAAUGACUAUUAAAUUAAAGGUGCAAUUGGUGAUUCUAAGAGAUAUCUAUAAAUAGGAAUAUAUUCUCAAUUGGUAUACAAAGAACCUUAUGGAAAAGAUUUGAAGGAUAUAAAAAUAAAAAUAUUUUAGUAUAGGGAACUGCGUCUAACCCAGGAGCAACAUAUGCAGCUGUGGUUUUGAUUUAAAUUAAAUAGUAAUUUAUAGAGGAGAGACAGGAGGUAUUAGAUAUUGAAGGAUAAUUUUAGAUGGUAGUUUGGAAUUGAAUGAUUUGUAUUGGUUAGAUUUAAUAUCAGCAGGUGAUAUUGGAUAAUAAUAUUGUAUUAAUAGUUAGAACAAUUCCAGAAAGAAGGCAUACACUUUUAUUAGCUAAACCGUAUUUCAUUGUAUUUUGAAGAAGUAUAUUAAAGGAACCAGUUAAUGA